GCCUGCAGUCGUGUCUGAAGGAGGACGUGUUGUGUUUGCAGGGUCGAGCAGAGACUGCUGCAGGGUUAGUUUAACCCCCGGAGGAGGAACAACUCUGGAAAAAGAAGAUGGCUAUUUGUCGGAGUGCAUUUAUGGAGGAAUGUUGGAGUCGUUGUUGUGCAUUUGGAAUUUUACAGAUCCAGCUUUUGACGACGAACCUCGACUUCAAAACCGAGAGACACAAACCUGAACCACUGUGGUUGUUUUCUGGAUGUUUGGAGUUAAUUUGAAGUGUUUUUAAGGUUUUUUUUUAGGGGGGGGGGCUGAGAGCUAUUUUUAGUUUCGUUGUCCUCGGAUUGACAGGCCUACUUAUGCAACCUACUUCCUCCAGUGACGCAGUGAAGCCCCGCCCACUUCACCCCCCUUUUUUUCUCCGGUUCCGUCAACGGUGGAUCCCACAAGUGCAGAACGCCCAUUGACAAAACCAUCAUUGAGAUGGAUAUUUCCUGUUUCACCUCUGCUGACUCUGCAGCUAGAAACGCCACCAGGCUGUAUAAUGGAGACGUGGACACAGGAGACUUCUGGUUCAGAGAUGAUCUCAGUGCUCCUCUUCCUGCCUACUCCUCUGUUUCCUAUGCCACCACCCAGUGCACGGUCUGCGUGGACCAGCUAGUCCAUGCUGUGUGCCGCAACCUGUCUGCAGGGGUGAGGAUGGUGAUGGAGGGGGUGGGAGUCAACGUCCCCAUCAGUGAGGACGGUUGUCCACAAAUCCCUCCUGUAGAUGAUCCCAAAUGGAGGAUCGGUAUCUUCAUCUCAAUCAUCUGCCUCUUCUUCCUCAUAGCGGCAGUUUUGUUUCAGUUCUGGAGAUCUAAAAAGCGUCGCAGCAGCAAACCUUGUUUCCAGAAACUAAUGAAGAGAGGCGGAGCCAGCAAUAGUAGCAGUAUUGAAGAGGGAAUGACGUCACCAUAACCUCUGUCGCCCAUGGCAACCAUGUCCCAGUACUUAAUGAGCUCAAAGGCCCCUCCCCCACGUAGAAUUAGAGUCAACAGAAGAAACUUAAAAAGUCUGAAUUAAAACUGUUAAUUGAGGACUAAAAGUAGAAAAAACAAAAGUUAAAAAUACAAAACAGCAGCUGUUACAAAUGUUCUUUUACAUUUGGUUUGUUUUAGGUAAAAAAAAAAAUUCAUGUCUUUCUUUCUUUCAUUCACUUUGAGCUGAUCCUGAUUUGAUCCUUUUUUUUUGCAACCAAAGCUAAAAAUGCCAUUCUAGACCCAUUCUGAAAAUAGUAUUUUUGGUGCUUUUAUGCUCUUGGGCCAUUUUUUUUUUUAUAAUGGAGGACACAUCUAAAGAAAAAAGCAUUUUUGAGUAUUUCUUUAUUCAAAUUGUUGUGAAUUGGAAGCAGACAAAUAAAUAUCACUGGAAAAAGAGCUUCUUUGUUAAGUAGUAGCUACAAUGGACGGGCCAGGAGCUUCCUGCUCUGCUCCAUUCUGAUGCAUCCACCUGUAGACAAAUAGCUCCAUUAUUUUCUCCGUCUGAGUUAGAUAACUCCAAUAUUUGGGGUUGUGAGGGGCUGUAAGCUAGCGGGACAGAGCGUAAACGGAAAACGGGAAGUGGGGAUGGCGUUGCUCCACUCCAACAGUAUAAAAAUCCUACAAAGGACACAGGUUUUUAAUUUUGGCUAAAAAACAAGACCACGGGGAAUGCUUUUAAAAAAGAUGAGAAGAUGAUCAGACUGGGACUUUAAUGCUAACCUAAUGGGUAACUGUAGGUUUUUUCCCUCUAGGGGACACUGAACUUUGAAUGUGACCUUGAUAUGUAUUUAUAAAUGUGAAAAGCUAAAACCAGAAUUCUGUUGUUGUAAUAUCAUGAAGACAAUUCUGCCUUGUUGGAACAAUCCAAACUGGAAUAAAACGUCUGUAAUGAAUCAAACUGGGUUGGAUGUUUGUUAGGAAUCACCUGAAACGACCUCAGUAAAGAACGGAGGAUUUACAAAUAAAGAGAAUUAAGUUGAAGUUUUUCUUGUUCUGUUUGUUCAUGAAAUGUGUUCUGUGAGACCAAAACUAUUAAAAAACAAAAAAUAAAUGUGAAUAUUUCAUUGGAA